AUGAGUAAGUCCAUAUCACCUUAAAAAAAUGAUCAGCCAAGUCCUGCAAAUUCAAGCAGUGGAGGCUUAUUUAGUAAAAUAACUAAUUUGUUCUCUAAGAAAAAGACCGGCAUGGAGAAUAAGGAGGCAGAAAAUGAAUAAUAAAAGCCUGAUCUUUCAUAAUAAAAGAGUCCUUAGCUAGCGAGUAUUAAGGGCCUUAGAAAAUCUUCAACAAAAGCUGUCGAUUAAAUUCUGUAGAUGAAUUCAUUAAGACCUAACAAAAAUAAAGAUAAGUACAACAAGCAGAGAACAUCAUCUAAUGUGAAGAUGCAAGAAUUGAAGCCAAAGAGAGGUUUAUCAAAAAAUAGAAUUGGCUCUAACAACUAACUGCAGUCUUAAUCAUCAGAUAUGAAGCUUCCUAUCAAGAAUAGUAAUAUAAAGACUGAUCAAUCAUCAAUUAGUGGAGAUAGAUCUCUAUAUUUUGAAAGUCUGCAUAUGAUGACGAGCCCAUAAGAAGAGCAAAAAGACAAAAAGAAUAGUCGUUACAAAUCAUCCAACUCUAAGCUGUAGUCUCAUAAAAUUUUUGGGAAAAAUAGUGUGGCUUAAUCUCCAGUGGGCAGCAUCAGACAUAUUAAUUCAUUUAUAGAUCAAGAUUCCAUGUCAUCAAACUCAAGUUAAUCCAGGCAGCUUAGAAGCAAUACCAGACAAAAAAUUUCAACUGGCAAAAGUGGGUCUAGUGACAGGAAUUCUAAUUUUAGAGAGCAGUAGUCUUUUAAGUACUAAAUAAAUGUGAUACCUGAGUUGAAAAAGAAAAAGAGUGGUAAUUCAAAUGAAAAAGAAAAAUUAAAUGACAAAAAAUCUCAAGAAAGGUAAUCAAAUGAUCAUAAUAACAGAUACAAAGAAAACAAUAGACAAAAUUAAAAUGAUUAAGAAGGAAAUGAUGAUCAAAAUAAUGAUGAUUCUAACGACGAAAGAAGGCAUCUAUAUAUUCCUACCUUAGAUUCUAUUGCUGAAAAGAGUAUGGAAGAAACAAAACUAGAACUGAGUAGGGAUAAGAGUCAUCAAAAUACCCCAUCAAAUCUAAAUUCAAAUAUUGCCAAUAAACUCAAUGUACAUUUGCGUAACGGAAUGCAAUUACAUUCGCAUCAAGAAAAUGGACUUUUGCUUCCUAGGAAAAAUUAGACUUAAAUUAACUCUUAAUAUGAUAAUUUUGGAUCAUAUGAUUAGAAUAACUUGUCCAAAGAAAUCGAGGGAUCCUUUGUUGAGAUUACUUAUUUAGAUAUUGGAGGUAAAAAAGUUAAGAAAAAAAAGAAGAAAUAAAAAAAGUAGCUGCCUCCAACUGUGCCAAAAUAAUACUAGUCAAUUGAAAUCCAACCAUCUGAAACUUAAUUAAGUAAAAUUCUAAGGCAGUAGUUAUAAUCAUUAACAGAUCAGAGAUUCAUAUCAGAAUCAAGAGAUUCAAAUAAUCAUUAAUCUUCCUAAAAUUAGAUCUCCAUUGAUUCUUCAGUCUAGUAGCCAACUAGAUCGACUUUAUAACUUUUGACAAAUAAAAUAAUCGAAGAAAUGGGAACUGCAAAACUAGCAUAGAGUACAAAUCCUUAGCAAAUGAUUUAAAAAAGGCUACUAGAGUUACUCUAGCAUGAAAAAUAUAAGAAUAAAUUAGUCCCCUAGAUGUCAAAUCCUUCACCUUAAUUAGGGAAUGAACAACAAGAAAGCAUUAAUAAAACUUAAGAAUAAUCAUAGCAGCCUCAGCCUCAAAAACAGAUAUCAAAAUUGGCUGAAUUUCUGAGAGAUCAAAAAUUAGCAAAGAAGUAAAUUCAAUAAGACUCUCAUUCUACAAUUGAUUAAACUUCAAUUAUUGAACAGCAACAGCAGCAGUAAGUUGAUUAAGAUUAAUUGCACUAAUAGUAAUAAUAGAAUUCAUUAAAAAGAACUCUGAGUUCAUCCUUGUCUAAAAACCUAUCAAUGUUUUAGCAAAAUCAAUAAGAUCAAAUGAAAAGAAUAGAUGUUGGGUCAUAUAUUAAGAAUAGUGCAAAUAAAUCCGCUAUUCAAUUUAUAGAUACAUCCCUACCUGAUAUUUCAAGUAAAUCCAGAAAUUAUCUUAAGUAUGCUUAAUCUAAUGAUAAUCAGAUUAGGAGACACAUAAUAUCCAAUCAUGAAUUUGAUGAUAAGGCAUUUGCUUUUAAGUCUCUUGAUAAUAUCAGAAGAGAAAUUGAUAUGGAGAUGAGUCAUUUUAAGAAAGAAAUUAGAUAAAUUAAUUUAAGAUGUGCUGCAUAAGGAAACGAUCUCAUUUACUAGAAGUAGCUGCUUCAUAAAGUAAAAAUAGAGCUAUUAGAUGAAAGAGAAGAGGAGUUCAAAAAUCUAAUUAGGGCAUUUAUAGAGUUACAUGAAGCACUUGACGAAAGAAUGAGAGAGCUAUAAAAGUAAUAUGAUAACCAUAUUGACAAGACCAUCAACCAUAUUGAUGGUUGCAUGCAGUAACUUGAUAAUCUUAUUAUUGGUUUAGACGAUGUUUAAACCAAGAAUAGAGACUUCUUAUUGGCUGAUAAAAUGAUGGAUGAUGAAAAAGAAAAAAUAGAUUUCUUCUUGAAAUAAGAGUAUCCUUUAAAAUUUAGAGAUAUUAACCAAAAGAUGCAAAUGAUUAAACUAGCUAAGUUUGAAUUCCCUUCCUUCGAAGUCAAUACUGACAAACUCAGAGAUUCAAUAACAAGAAUAGGCACAUUUAAAGUAAGCAGCAUUGCUAAUGUAAAUUAUGGUGUUUAAAGAUUUUACAAUCAUAAAGAUCCUUAAGAUUCUCAGAUGAUUUUCUAGUUCAAAUGGAAUACGAAAGAUGUCUACUUUUUUGAUGCAGCAAUUAAUAAAUGGUGCUAUAUCUAAGAGAUGAUGCCAAAGGAGCCUUUUCUUUUUUUCUCAUCAAUAGUUUUCCUUCCUAAAUAACUGGGAACGUUCAUACUCGGGGGGCUUGAUUCUUCUGAUAAUUAUUCCAAAAGAUGUUUGUGGUUUAAGAAAUAUAAGGUAUUUUAUGAGAAAUGUCCUAUGCUACGCAAAAGAGCUUUCUUUAGUAGUCUUUACUCUUAGAUAGAUUGUUAAAUAUAUUCAAUCGGUGGAUAUGAUGGUAUAAAUGAUUUAGCAACAUGCGAAAAAUAUUCUUUGUAUGAAAACAUUUGGAGAGAAAUUGCUCCAAUGAAUAAGCCUAGGAAUGGUUCAGCAACUUUGCUAUUGAAACAUUUGAAAUUUAUAUUUGCUCUUGGAGGAAAUAGUAAAAAAGAUGGUUCACUAGAUAGUAUUGAGAGAUAUGAUUUAGAGUUUGAUUAAUGGCUAUUGCUUGAACUAAGACUACCAAUGCCUAUGCAUGAUUUCUAGGCUAUUAUUCUUCAAGGAAAUUCAGACUAAGAUGAGUAUAAAUUGCUCUUAUUUGGGGGAUAAACCAAUAAUGAGCAAUACAUCUCAAAAGCUCAAUUGCUAGACAUCUCCUUAGAAAUUAAUAGGAAUCCUUAGCAAAAUAUAAUUAAAAAAUUAGGUAAAAUUUACUAUCCUACAAGUACAAUAGAUCAAAGAAGAUGCUAUGUAUUUGCAGGCUAUUCUGAUGAGUUGCUAUAGCCUUAUAUUUUAGAUUUCAAACAAUUCAAAAUAGAAAAAGUUAAGAUGUAAAAAUAGCUGGACAGUAAGUUUGGAGAGGGAUUAGUUGGAAAAGUAGAAAAUUUCCUACUUAAUUAGAGCAAAAUUAGUGAAUCAGAUUAGACAAAAAUACUAGGAAAAUUCCAUCUAGAUGAGAAAUAGUUUAAAGAGCUUUAAGAUAAAAUUUAGAGAGAAAAACAUAAUGGGGCAGUUUAUCAUGCUGAGAAUAGAAAACCCACUUUGGAUAAAAUUCUUGAUAAAAUGAAGGAUUCUGGAGAGAUUAGGACUGAUUAAUCAGAUGAUUACUUUACAUACAAAGGCUACAACUUAAAAAAAUAGAAUAACAAAUGA